AUGGGUAGGUCGCCGUGCUGCUGCCACGACGCCGGCGUGAAGAAGGGGCCGUGGACGGAGGAGGAGGACAGGGCGCUGGUGGAGCACAUCAAGAAGCAGGGCGGGCACGUCGGCAGCUGGCGCAGCCUGCCCAGGGCCGCCGGCCUCAACCGCUGCGGCAAGAGCUGCCGCCUCCGGUGGACCAACUACCUCCGCCCGGACAUCAAGCGCGGCAACUUCUCCGACGAGGAGGAGCGCCUCAUCGUCCGCCUUCACGCCGCCCUGGGCAACAAGUGGUCGACGAUCGCGACGCACCUGGACGGCAGGACGGACAACGAGAUCAAGAACUACUGGAACACCCACAUCAAGAAGAAGCUGCUGCGCAUGGGAAUCGACCCCGUCACCCACCAGCGCCUGCCACCCGACCUCCUCCUCGUCGACGGCGGCCUCGCCUCCCCUCUCCUCCCGCCGCCGCCGCCGCCGCCGGGGGCGCUCCAUCCGCUCCUCUCGGCGGUGGCGAGCCUCGGAAGCCUGGACAGCACGCUGAGGCAGUUCCAGCUGUUGCAGCAGCUGCUGAGUGCCAUCAACUCUAACAACGACGUCGCCGCUGGUCUCAUGGGCAUGGCCAACCUAGCCGCAACAAACGCCAUGGUGAGCCCAACCAGCACCGUCGCAAACCACCAGCCAAGUUAUCUCUGUGAUGUCCCAAGCUUUUCAGGGCAAGACAUGGCGGAGCAGCAACGACUGAGCAGCAGUGAUACUACGGCUCCACCAGUGCUCAUUAGAUCAAGCGCUGAACCAGUUGAUCAUCAGUGCUGCAAUGAUGCAGCAUUGGUACCUGAAACUUAUCCACAGGGAGUGACAGCCAUUGUUGACUGGCAGAUGCAGGAAUUUUCCAACUUGGAGCCCCUGGACCUGGAGCUACCUAAUCUAUGCUCUCUCGAGAGUGAUCUUGAUCCUUUCUGGAGGACAUACUAGAAGCAGCUUCCGUUCAUAAACUUCUCAUGCGCGAUAAGGAAAUGCUUGGUAGUGAUGUACAUAAUCUACACACAACUUAGCUUCUUGUUAUCAGAAGAUCAUUGACUGUUGUCAGAGUCCAGGCUUCAGACU